UUUACUUAACUAUGAGAUUACGAGUCAUGAUUUAUAUAGAAGGUCAGAUACACUAGAAAGAUUUGUUACAAAAAUAGAAGAGGAGCUUUUAAUCAUCCAGAAAGAUUUAUUAGCAUCAGCUGAAAUAAUCCUGACACCUAGAGAUCUUAAAGAAUACAAUAAAAUAACUGAAUGCUAG